AUGCUCCAAUUCUUUAAGAAAUCUGGGCAAAGAGAUAAGUCCAGAUCAUUGCAUAGCUCUCCUGCAAAGUCUACAGACUUAGGAAAAUCAGGAAGCAAUGCGUUCAUCAACAGUGCUGGAGCAUACGUUCAAGGAGGGUUACCGUUUACUCUCGAAGAAGACGAGGACGAUGGACCGUGCAAUAGUCGCACGAAAGCGGAGAUAUUGUCCUUUCAUUCACGGCUGUCAAAAUCGCUACCUGAAAUUCUCGCAGACAAAGGAGCUCUCGGUUACUUUAUACAAUUCAUGGAGACACGAGGCUGCUUAGCACUCAUCAAAUUUUGGUUGGAGGUUGAGUGUCUCCGCAGUGCAUGUGAAGUAUCCGUAGGAGUGGACAACAAAUGUCUGCAUGGAAUCAGAAACCAUGUUGGACAGUAUAGCAGUUUAGUGAGCUUAGCCGAUGAUAACGACAACUCGAGUUUCACUAUAGAGUUAGGCAAUACAGAAAACCACGACAAUGAUUUCCUAUCUUGGAAAACGAAUGUAAAUAGCAACAAUGUAAAAUCAAAUUGCAACAACAUGCCAAAGACUAGUCAAUCUAUAAAGAAAUCGAAUAAUACUUUUGAAGAUAAGAGACACCAAGUGUCGACGACUUUGCAAGAUGCGUUACGAAUUUAUAAGAAAUAUAUUACGAAGAAUACCCUGGGGCUGCAGAAUAUUUCUGAUGAAUUGCAAAUGGAGAUGAAAGAAGCUCUGGCUUGUGAAAAUUCAGAACUUGUACUCAAAUGUCUGUCCGAUGCUCAAAAAGUAGCAUACAAGAUGCUUGAAGACGAGCAUAUCAACGAUUUUCUGAGGAGUGAUUUUCAUUGCAAGCAUCAAAUCGAUGUUCUGACCAGUGGCAAUGUACAGUUAACCGAUAUAUUAUACAAUGAAACUGCAUUCUUCUAUUUUAUAGAAUUUAUGGAACUUGAGAACAAACGAGAGUUGUUGGAUUUUUGGAUGUCAGCUGUGAAUUAUAAACAAAAUCUCAUGGAAAAAGGAGAGGCUGGCGAUCCAAUGGAGGCCCAGACGGAUGCUCUCAUCAUUUACGAUAAGUAUUUCAGUCUACAAGCGACAAUGCCGCUAGGAUUCUCUGACAAAAUACGAUUUGAAGUGGAGCAGAAUAUUUGUAGAGAAGGUGGUCAGGGACCGCAGCCCGAUUGUUUUGAUAGACCUUGUAAAAUUGUAUAUAACUUCCUCAAUAAGCAUUACUUGUCUGCCUUCUUAUCAUCUCAGCUGUAUUAUAAAUACCUUUCGGAGCUGAUUAGCACCAUUCAAAGUAGCUCGUGCCCAGGCUUGCACCCCCGGAUAAGAAGAGCAGGCUCUGACUGCAGCAGCGAAGUCAGCACAGUGAGCGUUAACACGCAAAACGCUCAUCAAGUAGCAAGAGAAAGAAAUAAAUCGUCCAGUAACGACUCGACAGUUAACGGGAAUAUGAACAUCGACACCAGACAACUUUAUGAUCCGGAUUCUUUGUGGCGACGACAUAAGUAUAGUUUAAGCGUGGGAUAUGUCGACUGCAUGGGGAGAUUUGUGACGGAAAUAGAGCCAGACCCUCACAGGAAAUAUGAAUCUCGACUAUCCCGCGCUGUUAAGAGGCUUGUUCACAUGGAGCCCGAUAAGGCCAAGGAAGAAUUAGCGUGGAAGAUAGCUGAGAUGAUCGUCCGUGAGAUCACGACUUUGACUUUGGGAGCCUCGGAGCUUUCUUCCUGAUAACGUAACUUCUCACAUACGUGGGUAUGAUUAAUUAAAGAUAUAUAUAUAUAUUUUUUUAUAGUCACUCUCAAACCUAUGAGAUAUUCGAUAUAAGACGUAGCGCGUUUUCAACUAACGACAGCGCCGGGUGAUAAGAUCUUUUCGGGGAUCGAUCAUCCGGCUAGUAAAGUUUCCACCUUAGUUUUAAUUUGCCUUUUAUCAUUUAUGAACCUCGGUUCAUUCAUGCGCGCUGCAAAGAUCAGUUCCUUCGAGAGCAUAAUAUUUGCAAAAUGCAGUUUACUUGUAACGUUAAAUCACGGAUGUUUACCAAAGUGCCAACCAUUGAAAUGAAACACUGUCAAAUCAAAUGUUUAGUUUGCUUGAUGGUGCUCAAGCUUCGGGGCACAAAGCUUAUGGUAAAACCUGAAACUGUUUUGUUCGAUACGUUUGUGUAUUUUCAUUAUUGUCUUGAUAUAUGCAUGCUUAACGAUGCUUAAAGAGGCGGUCGUGCACAAAUUCAUGACAAGGAGCUUUAAACUUUUUAAGGGAACGUAAUUAGAGGAAGAGAAAACUGCUGUGAUUCUGAUGUUUUUUAUAAAGUCUUCCUACUUGAAAAGGGUCACUUUCAUACAUUAACGAUUGCUCCUUGCAACUUGAUCGUAUUUCUAAUCGCUUUUGGUAAAUCGUUUUACUUAAGUGAGAUUAUUUAAAGUAUUUCAAUUCAUUUUUUAAGAGUUUAUAGAGGGGGUUCCUCAUUUCUGGAAUGCUUCAUGCGAUAAAUUAUACUAAUGAAUAUUUCUUUUGUUACCGAAUAACGCGUACAGGCGGAAGUGCCUAGCUUGAUUUUAACGAUAUUAGUUUGCAGUAUAUUAAUAUGUAUGAUUUUCUCUCUAAAAUAUUUGCUCUCUUAAGUUGUCGACUGAUUGCUGAUUGGGUCAAGUCUGAGUAUGGAUUGUAAAUUUUAUGGUGAAUCAAUGAAAAUUUUGUUAAGUUGCGCACAGAAAAUAUUAUAUAGAAGUCCCUUAGAAUUUGGACUUUGAAAUUUUAUAUAUCAAAGUGUUCAAUAACACCCAGGAGUAUAUUUUCAGUGCCAUAAUUAAAAAAAAUAACUUUUUAAAUAGAAUUUAUUGCAGAUGACAUAUUUGAAUUAAAAUAAAAUAUUCAUUUGAUUAUUUAAAGUUCGAUUCUUUUAGACCUAAUAAAUUGUAAUUCUUAUGUUAAUCUUAAAUAAUGAAUGGACUUGAUACUAAGAAAUGCUCAGCUGACCAGUCGUUUCACAGUUUGUUGAAAAAUGCUUAAAUGAUGGUGCUUGUAUCGAUGAUUUUGUUUGAGAGUUUCGCAUCUUCUCACGCUGUUCAUGAGCAAAAUACUCAAAUAUUGAUCUUUUCUUUUUUCUCUUUUUUUGCGUGAGAUCGUCAUCAUCGUCGAAGUUUUCUUCCUCGUAGAUUCUAUGACUUUGAUUUCUGUACGCGCAUUUGUUACUUGCAUACGUUAUUUUGUUAUAUAUGAUCUAGUACUGUAUCCAUAUAACGCGUUUCCAAGUACAUAUAUUCUUGUAUAAUGCACGAUAAUUGAUGAUGUGCAAUCGAGGCCUAUUUAUGUCUCUAAAGGUCAUCUGGUAUGUACAUGUAUCGACUUUUGUACUAAUUUACGUAUAAUAGAGUUGUUGUGCGCUUUUUGGAGAGGUACAUUUCUUUUAUAGUAAUUAUUAUACGUAAUCGGAACGAAUAUUAAAGAUUAAGCUCGAACGUCGUACGGUAAGCACUUUAUAUAAAAUGCGAAGUGUUCACUUCGCAAUCAGCAUGUGAAAAAAAAUUCUAACUCUCAUUUAGGAAAUUUCGGAUAACGAUCUUCCAUUUAAAAAAGCCACGCCAUAUCCAAUUAACAAUUUCUUUGGGUGCAACAACUCCAUUAUUAUAUAGCGGAUAGACAUUGUAUGUACAGGAGGUUACCGGUGAGCGAGUCAUACGCUGUACAAGAGGGAAGGAUAUUUUACAAAGAGUAUUUUUUAAGGAAUAGGUGAACUUCCUUAAGGUGCUAAUUAGACAGCAUAGUCACAAGUAAACGACGGAGGAUAAUGAAACGCAAGUUGUGCGGGGGACAACGAGAAAGAAUUGUGUACAACAAGCGUAUGUAAGAAUGUGCGUUUAACGGUUGGUAUAUAUACUUGUAAAAAAUGCAUAUUAAUUGGAACAAUA